AACGUCAGCCAGUGCUUCAGUCUUCUGCUGCAGAUUUAAAAAAUGAAACUCAUCCAUUGGAAAUUGGAUUAAAAUUUUUUGAAGCAGAUCUGAUUUCGCUGCUUUGCAAGUUUGCAGCUUUUCAUGGAUUUAAACUCUAGAUUAUCGUAAGAUUCUUAUGAGUUAUCAGGAAGGUGCAGAAGAAGCAGCCCCUUCACUCCUUCAGAAAUAUUUCUUCAAAGUAGUGGCGGCCCAGCUGUGCCACUGCGCCAGUAUCGUGUGACUUUGUGCAUUGAUGCAGGGACGAGAUAUUAAACGUUAAUUAAGUUGUAAGGUUGCGACGCAGUGUUCUUUCUUACUUCGUGAACACAUCUGUGUUGCCGCCUGCACCUGCGCGGAAUGGCAUCGUUGGGUGCAAACAUUACGAUUCCGGACCAAGUGGUACUCGUUGGAGGAACUGGUCGACACCUUAGCGAGCGAUUCGCCAUCAUUUCCGAGAAUUUGGAUCGGUUUGGACCUGGACACGUGAGCAAUGGCUACAACAACAGUCCCCCGAAAAACAUCCAGGAGCGACUGGGACCGCGGCGGUUCACGGGCAACGAUUACAAUCUCCAGAACGAUUCUCUGUAUUCGAUGCAACCCAGCCGUCCGCAUGUCCUGAAGAGACUGGGCCAGCCAGCUAACAACUACAAUAAUUGGGGCGGACAGAAUUAUACUUCGGCCAGUCAGAACGAUAUGGUCAACGGAUCGGCGUACAAUAACGAGCGCUCCAGCUACAACACGUAUAAUCCUGGUCAGGUUGGACGGGGCCGUGGCAGGCGUCGGUGGUUUGGCUAUGGUGGUUAUCGAGGUGGUUACAAUCGCUAUUAUGCGCCCUACAGCUAUUACAAUAGCUAUUCUUCUCCAUAUUCGUAUUACGGAUCAUACUCCAAGCCGCGCUUUGGAAAUUACACCAAGUAUUACGGCUCGUCCUACACAUCAUUCCGCAAGGGGUACGGUUAUGGUUACAGGGGCAACUACAACAAUGGUUAUGGUGGAUCGCGUUACAACCGCGGCCGACGGGGUAGAAAUGCCGCGCGAAAUGCUGGUCGACCCCAGAUGACCCAAGAGGAUCUCGAUCGUGAGCUGGAUGAAUAUCGGUCGGGCAACGUGGCAAAAGAAGAGCGCAGCAGCGACGUGAACAUGUCAUGAUCUGGAUUUUGUGUAUCAAGAAAUUCUAGUACAGCACGCCUUUUUUUAUUAUUUCGUAUUGUUCAAAUUGGUACGCCAAGUACAUUUUGCGAUGGAUUUGUGGAUUUAAAACCUUUGUAACCAUGUAAUAUUAUUGUUGAUCGACGAUCAUGAUCGUCUUCUUUUUUUCGUUUUGUCGCACACAAUUAUUCUGAAAAAUCAGUAAUUACACUGGUCCGAAGUGGACAAAUGCGGAAAAGCAAAUUUGUUAUGCCACCAUCGAAAUUAUGUGUGCAAUAAUUGUGGGCUAAAAAUGAAGUCGCAUUAAAAUGGGAACUCUUC